AUGGAAAUGCUUACGCUGAAUAUGGGUAGGGGUGGCAAGUUCAAAAGAACUGACAAGAAGGAUGUUGCUCGAAUUUUUCAAGCUGAUAUUAAAGUUAUUCCGAGAAUCUGGAGGACAGCAGAGCGACAAAAAGAGCUUGGUAAGGAGGUGGAUGUGUCCAACCAAAAGAAAAGAAGAUGUGGAAGGAAAGGAAAGGAUAAUGUUCUAUCUCAAAUCCCCACAGUUCCAUUGAAUAGAAGGUCGACUCUCAUGUCACUUGCUCGCCCAUUGGGUGUCAGUCAUACUACACUCUACCAGAAACUCAAGCUUCACAAGAUUAGGAGGCACUCCAAUCGUUUGAAGCCAAGCUUGAAAGAAAAGAAUAAAAGAGAAAAGAUCAAGUUUUGUAUGUCGAUGCUUGAUGAGACAACUUUAGCGGCUACAACACCUAAAUUCAUAAGUAUGCACAACAUUGUGCAUAUUGACGAAAAGUGGUUCUAUAUGACAAAAAUGAACAGAAACUACUACCUCCUCCCUCAUGAAGAUGACCUGGUCGGAACCAUUCGGAACAAGAACUGUAUUGGCAAAGUAAUGUUCCUGACCGCUGUUGCUCGACCCAGAUAUGAUGCUGAAGGCAAUGUAACAUUCUCAGGGAAAAUUGGUGUCUGGCCUUUCAUCCAAGAGAUUCCAGCUGCUAGAAGAAGUGAAAAUAGAGCAAGAGGGACCAUGGAAAUCAAGAACGUCACUGUGAACCGACACGUAAUGUGGCAGUAUAUGAUAGAGAAAGUGAUUCCGGGAAUAAAAGAAGUGUGGCCCACAGAUGAUAUUGGCCCAAUAUUGAUCCAACAGGACAACGCGAAGACACAUAUUCUUCCCGGUGAUGCAGAGUUCGCAGAAGCUGUGGCUACAACUGGUCUGGACAUUAGAAUAAUACAACAACCUCCAAAUUCUCUAGAUCUGAAUGCACUUGAUCUUGGAUAUUUCACAUCCCUUGAGUCUUUGACCGAUUGCAGAGCCCCUACGACUAUCAAAGAACUGAUUCAAGGUGUGCAGGAAGAGUUCGAUGAGUAUGAUGUCGACAAACUCAACCGAAUAUUUCUAACACUUCAGACCAUCAUGGUUGAAGUGAUGAACUAUGGAGGAGGAAACUCAUAUAAAAUUCCGCAUUUGCGGAAGGAGAGAUUGGAAAGGCAAGGAAUGCUACCGCCUAUGAUACAUUUCCCUCGUGAAGUUUAUGAUAAUGCCAUGGAGAUUCUAGGACAAGAUGUCGAGUGA